UCAAACAUGACUUUCAAAAACAAGGAAAUUAAAUCAGUGAAAGGGGUACAUAAUACUAUUGCCGAAAUUCAGUGUAAUAUUCCACAACCAUACAUAGCUGAAAGUGAUCCAGAUCUCAAAGAUGUUUUUAUUCAUGGAUAUCGCAUAUCAGUCAGCAACACUGGAAAGGAAUACAGCAUUAGCCGACCUUUGUUUAUUUUAGAUUCAACCUGCCAGAUUGCAAGCAAUUUAUCAGGAAGUAUUGUAUUUAUCCUAAAGGAGAAUUUUUGCUUCAUAAAUGGUAAUUGUAUCACAAAUGGAACAAUUGAUGGAUCAAACAAAUGUAGAACCUGUCAAACAAACUUACAGAAAUUUUCAUGGAGCUGGAUGGAGGGUUGUGGAAAAUCGGACAAAAACUAUUUAUGGAUUCUUGGUGCAGUUCUAGGAGGCCUGGCAUUUCUGGUUUCUAUCAUUGGUUUAACACUUCUUGUUGUUAAACAUAAGAGACCACGCAUAGAUGCUUUUGUGGAAGAAUUGUCGAAUGAGCCACCAUCAACAAUGAAGUCAUUUUGAUUAAUAUGUAUUGUCAUGGGAACUUAAACAUCUACAAAGUUUUGCCUAAGUCUUUCAUAAAGCAUGUUUAGCAUAUCAUACCGGAAGCAUUGUUGUAAUUUUGAUUGAUCAUGGUCUAAAUUACAUUAAUCUUAUACCUUAACUGAAUCUUGCAUAAAACACGCAUGCUUAUUUUGUAUUGUAUUGUAUAUCGUUCAAUAUAUAUCGUUAUACAUGAAAAAAUAAUAGUCGACACUUCUCAUCGACUUUAAAUUUCUUUCUAAAAAAAUUAAUUGUCAAUGUGCUAAUCAAAGAAAGCACCAUACAAAAAUUGUAUUUUGGGGGUAUGAUAUUCUGACAUUCUUAAAAGCAACAAUAAACUAGAAAACUCAUAGACUACUAUCUUAACCAACCUUACCAACACUGACCUUUCCCAUAUACAGAUGAAUUGUUUCACAACAUUUAAUAUAUCACGACAAUGUUUGGAUAUAUAUUUGUAUUAAGUUAUAACUACUAAUAUAUCAUUUCGUUCAUUAUAAAAUUAUUUUAACAUU